AUGACAGCAAAUGUGAAUAUGGAUGGACAGAAUUAGCAGGAAAAUGCUAUAAGUUGUUUUGUGAAAAGUUAAAAUGGGACGACGCUAGAAUAGAUUGCUUCAAGAACGAGGCUGAUCUAGCUUCGUUGUCACACAACAAACUGAAUAUCGCUAAGGAAUAUUUAGAGCGAGUACAUGUCCGACUUCGCGGGGCAAAGACCAUGUCCGUAGGUUUGUCUAAAAUCGGUCAGGAGUGGAAAUGGAUUAAUGGGGAAAACUAUAAUGGUAGUGUAGCGUCAACGAGAGUUACAAAAGGUCAUUUAGCUUGGAGUAGCGUUAAAGAGAACGAUUGGAUUUUGAAAGCAGCAGGACACUCUCAUUAUCAGGAUGUUGAAGUAACCUCUGAUUUAUAUUUAUGUGAAAAAAUGCGAGGUGAGAGACCUAACAUGAACACGUUUUGUCAUUGGUUUUCCAAAGGUACGUUCACACGCUGCGAUUUAAUUUGUUGUGUACGAUUCGUAUUCCGACGUAUGCAAUUGAAUUGGCACGCGAAAUGUAGUUGCAUUUCAAAUUUUGCUGUAAACUAAAAGAACAGGAGUUGUGGCGUCAGCAGUAAUUUCCAUACGCCCGAAUACGAAUCGUACACGAUAAAUCGCAGCGUGUAGACGUACCGUGUAAAAGUGUUCAGUGUUUAUUAAUCGUUUCAUUGUCUAUUAUUGUCAUCAUCAAAGCCUGUUCACUGUCCACAUAGACCGACCCGACCCGUUGCUUGCUAUUGUAGUUUGUUUAUUGUCUCAAUGUAGAUAACGUAGCUUCUCACAAGUUAGUAAACCACUCCAGUGCGAGAUCAGAAUCAAGUGAUUUGGUCGAUGGUGACGACGAGACAUGCAUCACCAUCGAAAAGGUUUGUGAUAUUCUCUCAUCAAUGUUCAGUUUGCAUUGUCCUUAGCAGUUGUCUGAUUAUAAUUUUACCUCAGUCACAUGAGGAAAGAGUCCUUCCAGUUUGACUCCAUUUAACACAACGCGUAGGCUGGCUUUCAGUUUGAGUAUUAUAUUGGGCCUCCAGGGAAAACAUUUUAGAACUGAUAGAGCUAUAUCCCGUAUAAAUAAAGUUAGUUUAGUUUAGGUUUCAAUGACAUUAAUUCAAUCUCAAUUAGGGAGGACAUGGAUUUGCGUGGCAAAUUGACUUGGAACACGCAAUUAAAAUCUAUCGAGUCAAGUUAACUCCAUCGGCAAAGCAACGACUAGACACCACACUUGAUGUAUCUUUAUUACUGAAUAAGAAAAUCAUCAAAUCAAAGAGUGUCCACCUUACAAAUAAAGCCAUGAACGUAUUCUUUGAGCCUCCGACUUUCUCAGGGUUUAUCAGACUGGAAACGGUCUCAGACGAGACACAGAUUUCGCUUUGUGAAGUUGAAGCUUAUGGCACGGGUGAGUAUUAUUUGUAUCCAUAAAUAUCUUAGUCAUUAAAGCAUUUAUAUAAUUGUCAAAUGAUCAAAUGAUAGAUAAUAGAUAGCUUAAGAUCUACGACGUCGACGUCAGCUAGGACGUCAGGGCUAUGCAGAGGACUGGGACUAGGAUCUCGUCCUAAUGUAGUCCCAGUCCUCUGCUUAGCCCUGACGUCCUAGAUGACGUCGACGUCGUAGAUCUUAAGCUAUCUAAUAACAUACUGAGCGAGCUGAUAUAACAUACUGUACCUUUGGCUCUCUGGGCUAGUAAACCUUCGAUACCAUAACGGAUAAGUGGGUUGUGUACUUGAUUUACACAGUACAAUGCAAUUUGUAAGCAGGCUGUAUGCGACAGUUUUAGGCAAAGGUUGUGUAGUGUGAAUCAGUCUUUCCUUAACCAAACUUUAUGUUUUUUUGUCAUUUACUAACUUUAGAUAACUUGAAUGAAUUACGAGGGGUCUUGCGGUCAUUCACACCAGAGCAACCAGAUAUUGUGGAUCUUUCAAGUCUCCAGGAAAGUACCAAACCAGCCGUACCAGAGAUCUUUCAUGUUAUGUCCCGUUUUGCAAGAUCUGACCUCAAACCCAGUAGAGGAAGCUAUGUACAAACAUUAGAAGCUUAUUUUAUGGUAAAGUUGAAUGUUUGGCUUAAAGUUAACACAUACUCUAUCAGCUUUUAAUCGUUCUCCUUAGAGUUCUAGUAAGGAUUAUGCCUUAUGAAUCCAGUGUCAUUACAGGUGGAAAGGAAACCUAAACCAAAUUAACUUUAUUUAUUCUGUUUUAUCAUUGCAGCCAAAGGACAGCGGAAAUUACUCAUUCAAAACAAGCGGAGAGGAUAAAGCUACAUUUAUUGUCAGAAAAAUUAGAGACGAUACUUCUUCACUGACCAUAAAAUGGGAUGUUAG